GGGAGGUGCAAGUCUGUGAAGACCCGCCUCCAGCCCGUGGUGCGCCGGGUGGUGCGUCUGUGCGCUCGUGUCCGCUUCUGUCCCUUAUUCCACUGGGGAAGAAGGUGAGGGAGAGAGACAGAGAGAGACAGCGAGAGAGAGAGAGAGACAGCUGGACAACUUUUAAAAAAGAAAGAAAGAAAGAAAGAAGAAGAAGAAACAGAAGACAGGGGACACAAAUGGCACUCAUGGCGGGGAUCUUGUUCACGGUUGCCUUUCUUGUUUCUGGAAUUUCUCCACUUGUUUCUCCGUCACGGACAUACCCGUCGAAUGAAGUCACGUUAUUGGACUCCAGAGCUGCUCAAGGGGAGCUAGGAUGGGUCGCCAACCCAACAGAAGGAGGGUGGGAGGAGGUGAGCAUCAUGGAUGAGAAGAACAUUCCCAUCCGGACGUACCAGGUGUGUAAUGUCAUGGAGCCAAACCAGAACAACUGGCUCCGAACAGACUGGAUUCCUCGUGGAGGUGCCCAGCGCAUCUACAUCGAGAUCAAGUUCACCCUCCGAGACUGCAACAGCCUUCCUGGGCUCAUGGGAACUUGCAAGGAAACCUUCAAUCUUUACUACUAUGAGUCCAACAACGACAAAGAGCGCUACAUCCGUGAAAACCAGUUUGCUAAAAUUGACACUAUUGCCGCUGAUGAAAGCUUCACCCAGGUGGACAUCGGUGAUCGCAUCAUGAAGCUUAAUACAGAGGUGCGCGAUGUAGGUGCCCUGACCCGGAAGGGCUUCUAUUUGGCCUUUCAGGAUGUCGGAGCAUGCAUUGCACUUGUGUCAGUCAGGGUCUUCUACAAGAAAUGUCCUUUGGCGGUGCGUAACUUGGCCCAGUUUCCUGAUACCAUCACUGGAGCCGAUACAUCCUCGCUUGUGGAAGUUCGUGGAUCAUGCGUGGAUAAUUCAGAAGAGAAAGAGAUUCCCAAAAUGUACUGUGGAGCCGAUGGAGAGUGGUUGGUGCCCAUUGGAAACUGCCUAUGCAACCCUGGGUGCGAGGAGCGAAAUGCAGCCUGCCAAGCCUGUAAGAUUGGUUACUACCGUGCCCUGGCCACUGAUGGUGGCUGUUCCAAGUGUCCACUCCAUAGCUACUCUGUCAGGGAGGGCUCCACCUCCUGUGCUUGCGACAAGGGAUAUUUCCGCUCUGAAACGGACCCGGCAUCCAUGCCCUGCACCCGGCCUCCAACAGCGCCUCUCCACCUCAUCUCCAAUGUGAAUGAGACCUCUGUCAAUCUUGAAUGGACCGCGCCAAGGAGCUCAGGAGGACGCCAGGAUCUAACGUACAACGUAGUGUGUAAACGCUGUGGGCCCGAUGGGCGACGGUGUCAGCCUUGCGGCAACGCCAUCCACUUUAGCCCCCAGCAGCUGAGUCUGAAGGGAACCAGAGUGUCCAUCAACGAGCUCCAGGCCCACACUAACUACACCUUCGAGGUGUGGGCAGUAAAUGGCGUCUCCCCACAGAGCCCCGGGCCAGAACAGGCGGUGUCUGUGACCGUCACCACCAACCAGGCCGCUCCCUCGCCGGUAACAUCUGUCCAAGCAAAGAACAUCACUAGACACACCAUCUCGCUGGUGUGGCAACCUCCAGAACGAGCCAAUGGGGUGAUCCUUGAGUAUGAGGUCAAAUACUAUGAAAAGGACCAGAAUGAAAAAAGCUACAGGAUCAUAAAAACCUCAUCCAGGAAUGCAGACAUCAAGGGUCUCACUCCCCUAACUUCUUAUGUCUUCCAUGUGCGCGCACGCACAGCGGCCGGCUACGGUGAAUGUAGCGGCCCCUUUGAGUUCAUGACAAACUCCGUGCCAGCUCCUAUAAUUGGUGAUGGAACAAACUCUACAGUGUUACUGGUGUCUGUGGUCGGCAGCGUGGUGCUCCUCCUUCUCCUCAUCAGCGCUUUUAUCAUCAGCCGAAGAAGGAGUAAGUACAGCAAGGCAAAGCAGGAGUCAGAUGAAGAAAAGCACUUACAUCAAGGAGUGAGGACAUAUGUCGACCCCUUUACCUAUGAGGAUCCAAACCAAGCUGUACGCGAGUUUGCCAAAGAGAUUGAUGCAUCCUGUAUCAAGAUUGAGAAAGUUAUUGGUGUCGGGGAGUUUGGUGAAGUCUGCAGCGGACGUUUGAAAAUGCCUGGCAAGAGAGAGAUCUGUGUGGCAAUAAAGACGCUGAAGGCUGGAUACACCGACCAGCAGAGGAGGGACUUCUUGGCUGAGGCCAGCAUCAUGGGCCAGUUUGACCAUCCCAACAUCAUCCACCUUGAGGGUGUAGUCACCAAAUGUAAGCCAGUGAUGAUUAUCACAGAGUACAUGGAAAACAGAUCGCUGGAUGCAUUCCUGAGGAAGAAUGACGGCCACUUCACUGUGAUCCAGCUAGUCGGUAUCCUACGUGGUAUUGCGUCGGGCAUGAAGUACUUGUCAGACAUGAGCUACGUCCACCGUGACCUGGCAGCUCGCAAUAUUCUUGUCAACUGCAACUUGGUUUGCAAGGUGUCUGACUUCGGCAUGUCUCGUGUGCUGGAGGACGACCCCGAGGCUGCAUACACUACCAGGGGAGGGAAGAUCCCUAUCCGCUGGACGGCCCCUGAGGCCAUCGCUUACAGGAAGUUCACUUCAUCUAGUGAUGUGUGGAGCUACGGCAUCGUCAUGUGGGAGGUGAUGUCAUAUGGCGAGCGGCCAUAUUGGGACAUGAGCAACCAAGAUGUGAUCAAAGCCAUUGAUGAGGGUUAUCGGCUGCCCCCACCAAUGGACUGUCCCGUGGCGCUCCACCAGCUCAUGUUGGACUGCUGGCAGAGAGAAAGGGCAGAGCGACCAAAGUUUGGCCAGAUUGUAAACAUGUUGGAUAAGCUGAUUCGCAACCCCAACACUCUGAAGAAGACUGGAGGAGACAGUUUUGUCAGGCCCACCACCACCCUGCUGGAUCCCGGGAGCCCUGAGGGGUCCUCAGCCGUGGGCACAGUAGAGGACUGGCUUCAGGCCAUUGGCAUGGAAAGAUACAUCGACAACUUCACAGCCGCCAGCUACACAAAUCCAGAGGCGGUGAUCCACGUGACACAAGACGACCUGACCCGCAUUGGAAUCUCCUCAGCAGCACACCAGAGCAAGAUCCUGACAAGUGUCCAGGGAAUGCUCUCCCAGAUGCAACAGUUGCAAGGCAGAAUGGUUCCUGUCUGAGCGAUUCAAAACUGAGAAGGAAAAGGGAGCAAAAUGACUUCAUUUCCUAUGAAAAUUAAAAAAAAAAAAAAAAAAAAAAGAGUACCUUUGAAAAGAGACAAACUAUGAAGAAAUAGUUUACCUCAUAUGUGCACUUUAAAUUUGGUCUGAAAGAAAAGAUGAAGCAAAAAGUGGGGACGAUGACACUUUUUCUUCAAAAUUCAGACGUUUAUUCUGCCCUUUUUUGUUAUUUCUGUGAAGAAGAAAAUUGUGUAUAGAUGGAAGCGGGAAGUGCUUCCGAGAGGCCAAUAUGGAGUGCCUUUAUUGGAUUGAAAGAAAAAGCAAGACAGAUGGAAAACCUUUUGUUCUUCUCAUGGGCAAAGCGUUUUUUUGUUUUGUUUGGGGGAACUUUCGUUGCGGAAUGAUGCAGAGCGUAGAUCUUCCUUCCUGUGACUGUGUUUAUCGUACAUGCAUUGUCUCCGUGGGACUCACACGCUGUCCCCACCGCUAUUGUUCUGUCUCAGCUGGAUCUGUUUGAUAGCCCACACACACAAUUGAGGAUCUCAGCUUUCAGAGACGUCCAGUGUUGGCUUUGUCAGGAAGAUGGUGGUGCGGGGGCGCUCAUUUUGCGGGGAUGUAUUAUGUUCCGUCAUCUAUCAUGGACUUGUUUUUUUUUCUUCCAUUUUUUUGUUGUUGCCCUCAGGACAUUGCCAAGAAUGUUUUUGAUCUUCCAGAGCAAAUGCCCCGUCUUCCCCAAAAAAUUUCCUCUCUCCUCUCUGACAAACACACCGCGUGGAUCAUCCCAUGCAUCUCUCUAUCAGAAUCAAAGCUCUUGCGGCCUCUACAUCUUGCUGCAGGACUUUCUCACCGUCCCUCGCCAGUCUCAGUGGACAAUUGUUUUGCUGGAUUUAAUUGGGUUUAUUCAUGCAGCAAGUCAAAGGACCAUAUGGCGGGAUUUAAUCAAAAGGAUGUAUGCGACAAAUGCAAUAUGGAUAUUGAGUGACUCACAAUCAUCAACCUCCACUGAGGAUUAUUCAAGAUGUUAUCAAGCUGCUGUCGUCCAUCUUCAGGAUCUUGUCUCCACUCGCCACCCCCAGAAUUCCUUUCCUUCCUCAUUGUCUUCCUUCUCUUCUGACACUCACCUCUUCUUACUGCAGCCUCUCCUGAUACUGAGAUGAGGUUCUUCCCACCAUGGACUUCCAGCACUGUACUGGAGUAAUUUGAAUGAUUAAGAGCAUCGAAAAAGACUACAUAGAGAAUGUAAUAUAAUCUAGAAAGUCCUGCUCCAGUGGAUGCUCGGAUGUGUUUUUUUUCUUUAUGUUUCAGUAUUUUUAAUCAUUGUUUUCUUCUUUGUUUGCAUGUAAAAUAAGAGGAGUCUGAUUUGAGUUUGUGAAUGAAUGCAAGUGUUGUGUGUGGUUUACGUACUUGAAAAAACAGUAACCUUGUCCAUUCACAGGCCACUGUGGACCCUGUGAAAAACCAACAUACAUUUGUUUGCUAAAGAAAACAUGCUGUACAAUAUGUUACUCCUGUUUUUGUGGGCUCAACUCUGUUACAGUUUUCUGGAAAGAAACGUAUUUGUGCUUUGGCAUUGAUUCAUAGAUUACAAUACGAUACAGGAUCACUGACAAGUGUGACUAAAAGCUUCUGACUAAAGUUUGGAUUUGUCAAGCUUGUGAUGAUAAAACAGUCUCUGGAUAUGAAAAGGGGACGACCCAUGCAGUAAACAACAAUGAGUUAUAGGACAAGGUGUCAAAGAAGGGAAGACUGUUAUUUUUCAUUUUUAUUCAAGAACGCAUCAUAGAACUAUAGUUAUAACCCAAUAGACUUCACUUGCGCUGUUCCUUCUUCUCUUUAAACUAUACUUAUGUGAAUGUUUUUAACUUAUAUAAGUGACACUUCACAGAAACACCUCCGUCCUUAAUACAGCGCUGUUGCUCAUUCCUCUUGGCAAUGUGUAAUUUUUGGGUUAUUGUGAUCAAAUUAAAAGGACCUGUUUGGAAAUAUGCAAGAUAUGUUAGGAAGGAAACCAGAAUGUACUGUAAAAUCUAUUUUUUGUCUACUUCAUUGUCUGAUGAUUUGAAAAAACAGAAAAUGAACAAAAAAGUAACACAACACAUAGGUUAAUGUUUGUUAUUGUAUACCUUCCAAUGUAGCUCUAACAUUAAUUGUUUGUUCUUUUUUUGGACAUGAUCACAUUUUUGUUUGUUGUUUGUCAAGGAGAUAUAGGUACAUGUAAAUUAUGACAUUUAUUUAUGUCCUUUUAUAUCUAGUUUGUAAAAUAAUAGCCUCAAGUGAAGAAAAUGAAGUGGUGCCAAAGCGCGCUUAAUAAAGU